CGACCAACUUGUUGUCAUCAUGGCUGCCGUGUACCACGAUCGAUUCCGUGUUUCUUCAUACUCGUAAUAUCUGAUUAGUGAAGGUUCUUUUGAACUUUAUAUCAGUGAGAUGUGAAAAGAUUUUUAGCAAGGAUAUUCAAUUAAAACGUUUAAUAGAUUUUUCCAUUGGGGUCGAGGUCUUCUAUUAUUUAUUCUGGUUUCCAACAACAAGAUCCAACGACCCACGUCAAGUGCGUACACGUUAAGUCGCUCAUUGCUAUCGGACAAACCAGCUGUUUUUAAUAACAGUCUUUAACCCAUCCAAAUGGGAAAUUGUUUGUGUAAACGAAAACGUGAGCCAAAGAGGACUUUAACAUUGGGACUGUUUGGUGUGGACAAUGCAGGAAAAACAACCACUGUGAAAGUUUUAGCAGGAGAGCCCCACACCGACACCACACCUACUGUGGGCUUCAACAAUGCAGACAUUGGAAUUCAUCACUAUGAUAUCAAGUUUUAUGACUUGGGUGGUGGCAAAAAGAUUCGAGACAUUUGGCAGACAUACUUUCCAGAAAUUUAUGGAAUUGUGUAUGUGGUUGAUUCCACCGCAGCGGAUAGAAUGGAAGAAGUUAAACACAAUUUGAAGGUUUUAUUAGAAAAUGAGAAAGUCCAGGGAAAACCAGUGUUACUUUUGGCAAAUAAACAAGACCAGGAAUCAGCCUUAGACGAGGUGGACAUCAUGGAGCAACUGAGUUUGGAAAACAUUGUCAACAUCAACAAGUGCCCUUGUAGAAUUGAAACAUGUUCAGCCAUUAAAGGAACUGGGAAAAAGAUGGAUGCAAGCAUUAAGAAUGGAAUUAAAUGGUUGUGUGGGAUGAUUGACCACAACUGGGAAAAGUACCACACACGAGUAGAAAGGGACAUGGAGGAGGAUCGAAAACGGAGGGAGGCUGAGCUGGAGGCCAGGAGGGAGAGGGUCAGGAAACAACGGGAAGAAAGGGAAAGAAAAGAACGAGAGGAGAAUGAGCGUCUAGGCAUCAAACCCCCCCAGGAGGAGGAGGAAGACAUUGAAGAAAUGGAUGGUGGACCGUUCCGACGACUUGAUGUUCAAGCAUUGGAGAAAAAGGAAAGAAAAUUAAAAGAAGAAAAAAGGAGGAAGAAAGAAAAACAAAAGAAAUAUGAUGAAAAUAAUGAAGAGGAUGAGAAAGGAUCUGAUGAAGAAAUUCCUCACUCAGCUCGUCGCCUCAACUACAGCAAUUCUCUAUUAUACGCAAACUCAAUAAACAACAACAGAAAUGAUGAUGAUGACAAUGAAGGGUUUCUACCUCCAGUACAGAAGAGGGACACUCCUAGGUUACCUCCCUUACAGAGACCUAUAGGAACAAAAUUCACCGAAGAAUCACCAGUUAGAAAACUCAAGAAGAAAAAGAAGAAACCUAAACUUAAGGCCUUGAAGGAAAAUGUAGAGGAAAAUUCUUUGGAUGUUGUAAAUCAAAAUUAUUCUAGUUAUAGAACUACCUCUAGUGAUGUAAUGGAUGACCAGAGAGAAGGGGAGAUCAACACAUGGUACAAAGAAUCAGUGAACUCUUUAUCAAAAAUUGAAGUAAAUGCAAUGUCUUCUUUAUGUCGGGCCCAGAAUGGGAUCACCAAUGACGGAUAUAGUAAAGAAUCUGUGGAUGAUGAAGUGGAAUUGACAACCCGUAAAAAGAAGAGGAAGGGAAGUAGGAAGAAGCCUAGGUCUGAGGAUGAAGUCAAUGGAUAUGGACAUGACUUGACCACUCCUCGGACGCUGGCCGGAGAGGAGGAAACUGAUGAUGAUGUCACUCCAAGGAGGGAGAAGCUAAAAAGAGCAAAUGCCAUGGAAGGUGAUGACAAAGAAAUAAAAACCAACCGCAAGAAGAAAAGCUACCUCAGAAACAACAAAACCUACCCCUCAGACGAUGAAUCCUUCUCUGGGGAAGAUGGGAGGGACAGGGAUUUCUCUUGGACCAUGAACCCCAUGGGAAAACCUUUCUCUCCACGAGGAGCUAAAAUGACAACCUCUCACACCAACUGGGAUAAAAAGAAAUUUACUCCCCGAGACAUUGAUUUUUCUAUUUCCUCGACUCGUAACUGGGGACUGGCAGAAGAUUUACCUGAAAUCGACAACACUGCUGUUUCUUCCAGAAGGCUGAGGUCAAAUGUGGAAGAUGAUGAAGACAUUGUUUAUUAAACUUCAGCAAGGAAGAAUAUGUGUGUGACUCCUCUUUUUUUCAGGAUGAUUUUGAACUUUCGCUUUGUUUAUUGUUUAAUGUUGGCCUGCACAUCAGAAAAUUUUAAAAUACCAAUAUUCAAUAAUAAAAAAUUGUAUAGUCAUUUUUGUUGAGCCCUAGCUUCAAGUAAAAGUCAUUAAUUUAUAAGGUCAGUGUAUGCAAUUCAUUUGACAAAUUGUGUCAAAGGUCAAACUUCGAAAAUGAGAUAUCAAUGUGUGUAUAUUUCUUCUAUCUGCAAUGUUUUGCCUAAUUAUUAAUGCACUAAUUCAUGAAUAUUGCCUUUAUGAUUUUAUAUAAAU